CCACGGCGUGACGUAAACGACCAUCCAAACAAGUAUCAGCUGUGUUGCAGUCAUUGUUCCACGGGUUCGCAUUGGUUUUUUGGGAAACAAGUUCACCGAGUUCUUUUCGUCAAAUCGCACGGCAGUGAAGACAACGGGGACGACGACGUGUGACUGGUCUCACACAAAGCGCACGCAAGGGACACGCAAGGGAGGCGUGAGCGUUUUUAAGAAGCGCAAGUGGCGAGGAGAAAAAAAAAGGGGGGAAGGCUAAGGGCAAGAAUUUUGUCGUUACUCGACGCGAUCGUGGCUGUGUGCGCGCUCCGACCUCGGACCUAGCCCCAGCCACCCAGCUAACCGUGAACGGUUACUCCGAGGGGAACAAUAAUCGUGUGAAAAACGGGGCGGUACGCGCAUAAGCCUGGCCUCGAGCAGCGAGUCGGACGACGGUGGACUCGCUCCGCCACCGCGCAAAAGGUCUCGUAGUUCCCUGCCGACUACCCUACGACCAGCGGACGAGCACCACUCUUCUAGUCCGGACAUGGAUAACUAUCGUGUACACGACAGCGUAAUGCAGCAGCAGGCCUCGAAUGGUGGUGUGUCCUCUGGACUGCAGCAAAAUGGAGCCAAGGCGGACUCUGGUGGGCCUCAUGCUAAUGGCAACUUGUUACCUGAAACAGAUAGUGAUGUCAAUGGUGUGAAUGGAGAAAUCAAUCAAAGUUUGGGACCUCCAAAAAUAAUGGACAAAACUAACCAGGACAUUGUGAGACUUAUCGGACAACAUUUAAAGACUGUUGGUUUAGAUCGCACAGCGGACCUGCUUAUGCAAGAAUCAGGCUGUCGAUUGGAGCAUCCUGCUGCAGCAAAAUUUAGGCAGCAUGUUAUGGAUGGUGAUUGGAACAAAGCAGAUCAUGACCUCAAUGAACUCAAGUCUUUUCUAAAUAGCGCAAACCAGAGCUUAGUGGAGAUGAAAUUUUUACUAUUAGAGCAAAAAUACUUAGAAUAUUUAGAAGAGGGCAUGGUGUUCGAAGCGUUACAUGUACUGCGCAACGAGCUUACACCCCUGGGCCAUAAUACCGGUCGUGUUCAUCAGUUAUCUUUAUUUAUGAUGUGUAGUGGACGAGAUGAACUACAGACACGUGCAGGCUGGGAUGGCAAAGGGCCAGCCUCCAGGGCUGCACUUAUGGACAGACUGCAAAGGUACCUGCCAGCCUCCAUUAUGUUACCGCCACGCAGACUUCAUUCGUUACUUUGUCAGGCUGUGGAAAUGCAAAAUCAACAGUGCACGUAUCAUAUAAUGCAAACACAGAUGAGUUUAGAGAAUGUUUCUCUGCUUGUGGAUCACAACUGCGGCAAGGAACAGUUUCCGUGCCAUACUAUACAGGUACUCAACGACCAUUGUGACGAAGUUUGGUAUUGCAAAUUCUCACCUGAUGGUCUUAAACUCGCUACAGGUUCUAAAGAUAUGACUGUAAUUAUAUGGGAUGUAGACCCAGAAACACUAAAAGUAACGCACAGGAAAACGCUUGAAGGGCAUACGUAUGGCGUAGCGUUAAUUGCGUGGAGCCCUGACAGCAAUCAUUUAAUUGCUUGCGGUCCUGAAGAUUGUCCAGAAGUUUGGCUUUGGAGCGUUGAUACCACCGAUUGUGAAUUGCGAGUGAAAUUGACCCAAAGUACAGAUGACUCAUUGACGGCCUGUGCUUGGCACCGCGACUCGAAUAAAUUCGUAACAGGAGGUCUUCGCGGUCAAUUUUACCAAUGCGAUAUGGACGGUAAUGUCUCUGAUUCGUGGGAAGGAGUAAGAGUAAAAUGUCUGUGGUGUCGGAGCGACGGAAAGACCGUCCUAGCAGCUGACACACAUCAUCGAAUUCGCGGAUACAAUUUUGAUGACUUGUGUGACUUCACAAUAUUACAAGAAGAUCAUCCCGUCAUGUCAUUUUGUGUGAACAAAGCGGAUCGGCUUGCACUUCUGAACGUAGCAAAUCAAGGUGUGCAUCUUUGGGAUUUACAAGAUAGAUGUCUUGUGAGACGUUUUCAGGGUGUCACUCAAGGACACUUCACUAUUCACAGUUGUUUCGGUGGUGUUAAUCAUGAUUUUGUUGCAUCUGGUAGCGAAGACAAUAAAGUGUACGUAUGGCAUAUUAAAAGAGAGCUACCUAUAGCGACUCUAGCAGGGCACAGUAGAACAGUCAAUUGUGUUGCAUGGAAUCCUGUUUAUCAUCAAAUGAUGGCUUCUGUAUCGGAUGAUUUCACAGUGAGGAUAUGGGGCCCAAGGUCAUCUUCUCCAGAAGGAGUUGAAAACGAUAGGACUGUAUCGUUAGAAACCAACUCUUCAAAUAGCGGGGGCUGGCAUGAAAUGGUAUCGUAGCGAACUACAGCGUAUCGAUGUCCCCAUGACCUCAUGGUGUUCAAAGACUAUCAUACUGACAUUUGACUGUCACACUUGUCCUGUUGAUUGUCAUACUGACAUUUUACUGCCUUCUGCAGUUGCUCCUCUAUACCUCAUGUCGCUCUUAGCUACCAUCCGUCGCGUAUAGAGGUAACAGGAGGGAUGUAUAUGUUAGAAACAACUGCUAAAUCGCCUGCAGCUAUUAAAACUAAAAACCAAUCAUCGAGUGUAAUAUUUUCACACAUUUCAUGCGUAUAUUUUCUUUUUCGUAUUACAUAUUUUAUAUGCAUCCAUAAUGAUAUCUGUUGUGUUAUCUCAAUUAAAACGUUGUUAAUCGUCAGAGCUAAUAAUCGAAAAUAUGACGCAGCAUAAUAUGAUAAAGUAGGUCCAUAUACAGCAGAGUAGAGGACAUGAAGAAAAUUCCGUCUUAGGAUUGGUGUAUAAGGAUAAAAUUAUAUAAAUAAGAAUGUGAAAUACAUCUCUAUACAUGACAGGAUUUGAGAAAUUUGGACAAGAUCGUGGAAACAUUAUGUUUUGACAGGAAUUUUGUCAAAUUUGACUAUAAUUGUAUCAAUAAACAUUGUAAAUAACAGUCUCGGAUCUAGAGUUUUAUUCUAAGUCGUUCAUCGAUUAAUGAGGCAGACGCUAUCUUCAUAUCUUCAAUGUGUGUUUUGUUUUAUAAUUUUCGUUUUUUAAAAAGCUAAUAUAAUUUUCUAAAAUAUGUAUCGUUAUUUCGUAAGAAAUGACUUCGUGGAUUAGGCAAAAAAUUAAGAACUGAAUAAAAAAAAGCAAUUUCAUUGCGUUCAUUGCAAUAUAACUGAAUUACAGAGUUUAGAUAGCGAUAUCUGUAAAUGUGUGUGUGAAUUUGUUUUAUUGUUUAGGCAUUUAUUAAAAAGAAGGUAAUGUGUAAUAAUUUUUAGUUAGAAUAAUAAUAACAAUUUGUGCAAAAAAAAGUUAUCCAGUUUCAUGUAUAUCAUUAGGCUAAAUUAACUUUCCAGUAACCAGUGAAGCGUUUAGUAUAAAUUACAGAGAUGUUUUUAAGUGGAAGCUAAUUUAUUUAUGUAAUUAAACAAUUUCGGAUGA